UCGUCGGGGUGCAGCAGCAGAAGGCGACGCUGAUUUCGUGAAACCAGCUCCCUGCGUUUGUUUACGGCGUUUCUGCAGACGAGGAGCUGUCUGAGCGAGCUUCCGCGUCUGCUGCUGAGGACGGCUGAUGCAGGGAGGAGGGAGAACCCCUGCUCAGAUCUCUUUGGCAAAAAUAAUCCCGCUCCACGAGGCAUCUAACACCCGGCGCAAAAUUACGCAAAAAAAAAAAAAAAAAAAAAAAAUUGCUUACGUAAAACGCAGAAAUCAGGCGUUCAUUUAACCAAUCACCCUCAUUUAGUUAUCAGAUUCUAGUCGGUUGUUUUUUUUUUUUCAUAAGCACGUUUUGCUCCGGAGCGAGUAAGAUUCUGGCGCAUUUUGGUGCAGGUUCGGUUUAAGUCCGGUCAUCAUCAUCAUCAUCAUCAUCAUCAUCAUCAUCAUCAUCAUCAUCAUCAUCAUCAUCAUCAGCGCAGCAGCAGCAGCAGCAGCAGCAGCAGCAGCGGGAGCCACUGGGAUCAUUAAAAAUGAGCAGUCUACCUAUGACUGGCUCUCUGCGGCUCCACGCAGGCCCGCAUGCGGCUCUUUUCCGCAACGAGCUGCUGCUACUGCAGUGGUGGAGUCGCUGAUCGGUAUAAUGCGCUCAAAUCCACAGAGCGCUGUUUACCGAAACUGACCGCGCCAAAGACGCGCUAAAAGCUCUGGAGAUGAAAUGGAAGCCGGAUAUUACAGAGCAAAUGAUAGGGGUGAUUAUGGUUUUUUUUUUUACCCCAAGCAAAGCAAUUCUUAAUUGAUUGUCGAUUCAGAACACAGUAAAAAAUGCUGGGUUAUUUUCAUAACCCAACUUCUGGGUAAGAGAUGCUGGGUCAUAUGUUGGGUUACUUUGACCCAAUAUUGGAUCAAAAGUAGUGACCCAGCGGUUGGGUUGACUUUUUUUUUUGUUUUAAUGAACUCCACUUAACUGAUUCUGUUAGGUUUCAGGUUCAGUUGACUCAACACUUUACCCAAUUGGUUGGGUCAAAUACAGUUUGACCCAACCAAUUGGGUAAAAAUCCAUUGCCCUCUUCACAAACCUCCAUUUUCAACUGGACUGUGACCUGAUCAGACAACACUGGAUUUCUCAAUUCAAAUAAAACAUGAUCUGAAAGAUGGAUGAGUUUGUAAAACAGAAGCUGACUGAAUGGAAACUUUCUGACCUAAUCCCUGCUUUUGAAGCUGAAAACAUUGAUGAAGAAAGCUUCUUUCUUUUGGAUGCUAACUGCCUGACAUCCCUGAUUCCUCACCUUGGUCCUCGUCUGAAAUUUCAACGUCAUUUUGCAAAAUUUCUUGAGGUAUGCUUUGAGUCAUAGGACAAGACAAAAUGGGAUAUGUGUGUUUUAAAUGUGGGAUGUCUUUAGGACAUAACAUAAGGAAUUUUUUUCUCACCUAAGAGUAAUUCAUAACACAUAUUCAACUUCAAGAUAGUGUGCUCCAGUGUGCUCACUUUGAGCACACUGGACAUCUAGCCCUAAAACAACUGAAGAUGCUGAUCCUACACCACAUGCUGAAUUAGAGAGUGGAGUUUCUUCUGUUGGAAGAGCAGCAUUUAACAUCCGUGAGAUCCUCAGUGCCUCCCCUGAAGGUAGACCUGUGGUUAUCAGUCUUGAUGGAAAUCAGCAUAUAUCCAUUCGUGAAAGACGGUGCAUGGUCAGAACACUUGUGUCACACUUGAUGGAUCAAUAUGGAGAAAACCCAUCUUUAGACACUAAAGCAAUUCUGGCAUCUUCGAUUGUGGACCAGUUUCCAUGUUUAAGAGACAGCCAUGGUACAGGAUAUGACGCCUGGUUUACCCGCGGAAGACAACACAGGCCAGCAACUGGCUUUCUGGAGGAGCGUCUCCGUAAUGUAAGGAAAAGGCAUCAACCAAGGAAGAAGAUGCUUUCAGCCCCAGAAGCUCCACCAAAAAGAUCAAGUUUGCCUGAACCAACCAUCAGUGCUGAGCGUGCCAUCCAGAUGACAGAAUGGCUAAAAAAUAACUUCUGGCCCGCAGACCAGGUUGUCCAAUACAUGCGGGAAACUGCAGUAUAUCGCGCAGGAUGGAUCCGCUCAAGUGGGACAAUCCCAAUGCAGCAGAUUUUUGCAGAGUUCCCACGUUUGUUGGACACACCAGGGAUGAUUUUGCAGGACUUUGCCGUUUUAUAUCCACAGUCUUGUGGAAAACUGACAGAGAACUGGAACACCUUGUUCUCAUCAAAGGUCAUUCGCAUGGGGAAGAAGGAGGAGAGCGGUCUUCUGCCUGAGAUUGAGUUGCUUCCACAAGACAAACAAGGUGACGUGGCACUGCAGCUGCUGCCAAAACUCCUCCCUGCUGUUCCCUACAGAGUUGGGCGAAAGGUGGUCAGACCCAGCAACCUUGAAGUCCAGCAAGCCUUCAUUGAUGUCCAGCCAAUUGGGACAAAUAUGGUGGAAUAUCUUGGAAGUACAGCAACAGAGCAUCCACGUGUUCUCAUGCUUGGGGACAGGUAUUGUUGUUCCCAAGCAUUUGUCGUCAUAAAUGGAACUGCUUUGGAAUAUCCAUCUCUUUUGGGGGCCGUUGAUGGCUGUUUCAAAUCAUUCUUCGUUUUUGAUGUGAGUUAUCCGAAGUCGUGUAUCCAGAUUUGGGAUUUUCUCCAAACUGUGAUAUAUGAAAUCCCAGGAAACGAGUCAUCCCCGAUAAAAUUAAUGAGGGCACAGCUGGAGGCCAUGGAAGAAUAAAUGCAAUUCUUCAAUAACCCUUAAAUAAGUUUUAAAUGUUCUGAUUGAAAAACCUUCUUUGUUACUAUGUUACUUUUUUUUUUUUACAUUUCCUUCAAACUCUUUUGAUGAAAAUAUUUCGUUGUGUACACCAAUAAAGUAAAAAAGGGUGCAGAUUUAAUCAAUUGUUUAUAUGUAACUUUUACGUCUGUAUUAAAAAUUUCAUGUAUGUUGGAAUGUAUAACA